GGACCGGCGCGUGCGCGGGGAGGGCGGGGCCCGAGCAGAACCUCGCGCAAGCGCGCGCUAGGCAAAGCGUUUGGCGGGUUUUUCCUGUGCUGUGCUCCUCACGGAGAAGCUAAGGUGUAGUCCUCGGAAGCAAGUUUUCUCUCUGGAUCGAGACCUCUCGAGGGCUUUUGAAGUAUUUCUCUGUGACCUGGUGGCUGGGGUCGUUUGAGGGCUUAGGCCAGGUGGUCUCGUGACACGUCCCUGUCACCUUCCGGUAAAGCGAAAGGAUAAGCGUCUGCAGGGUAGAGCUGAGGUCGGGGCCCGGCGGCAGGCGCCCGGCCACUCCCGGGUCACCAUGGCCGUGUCCACCCAGCAGCUGGCGGAGGAACUACAGAUCUUCGGCCUGGACUACGAGGACUCCCUGUUGGAGAAACUGGCAGAGCUGUGUGUUCUAUACCGACAGACUGAGGACGGGAUGGUCAGUGAGCUCAUCGCCUUCUGCACCAGUGCGGGGAAGACAUGCCUUACUGUAGACAUCCUGAACUCUUUUGAAUACGAGGUUCUGAACAAAAAACUCUCCAAAGCCUGGCACAGUGCCUCCAAAGACAGUGGGCAUGCAGGAACCAGAGACAUUGUUUCUAUACAAGAGCUGUAUCCUUUUCUGCUGAAGUUGCUCUCCUUGACCAGUGUUUUCAGAAUUGAAGCAGAGGAGGAAGAGGAGACCCUCCUAAGCUCUUAUACCACACCCUCUAAGGGUCCUCUCAAGCGAGUUAGCAGCACCCCAGAAACCCCCCUAACCAAAAGGAGCGUCGCUGCUCGCAGCCCACGUCAGCUUCUCUCACCGUCAAGUUUCUCCCCGAGUGCUACCCCCUCCCAGAAAUACACCUCCAGAACCAACCGGGGAGAAGUGGUGACCACCUUUGGCUCCGCACAGGGCUUGUCUUGGUCCGGGAGAGGAGGCUCUGGAAGCGUCAGUCUGAAGGUCGUGGGGGACCCAGAGCCACUCACUGGCAGCUACAAAGCGAUGUUUCAGCAGCUCAUGGGUGUUCGAGAAGUUCUGACCAGUAAGAUCGAAGAGCUCGGCAGCGAGCUGAAGGAGCAUCACAAGAUCGAGGCCUUUACCCCUCUCCUGGUCCCAGCGCAAGAGCCUGUUAUUCUCCUGGGUCAGAUUGGCUGCGACAGCAACGGGAAGCUGAACAGCAAGUCCGUGAUUCUCGAGGGGGACCAGGAGCACUCCUAUGGCGCGCAGAUCCCAGUGGACCUAUCGGAACUCAAAGAGUAUUCCCUCUUCCCUGGACAGGUUGUAAUUAUGGAAGGAUUCAACACCACUGGUAGGAGACUUACUGCCACCAAACUCUAUGAGGGCGUGCCACUUCCGUUCUAUCAGCCUACUGAAGAGGAGGGAGCUUCUGAGCAGACUAUGGUGGUAGUUGCCUGCGGGCCUUAUACCACCUCCGACAGCAUCACCUAUGACCCCCUGCUUGAUCUGAUCGCCAUCAUCAACCGUGACCAGCCAGAUGUCUGCAUCCUGUUCGGACCUUUCCUGGAUGCUAAACAUGAACAGGUGGAGAACUGUAAGUUGACAAGCCCAUUCGAAGACGUUUUCAAGCAAUGCCUGAGAACAGUUAUCGAAGGAACGAGAAGACAACAGUUCUCCUCUGUAAAGGGUGCCACAAAAAUCAAGAGACGAUGUGUCCUAAGCUAUGUGCACCAGAUCCAGAUCAGCAUGUUUAUGUGCCAGGAGGUUGCCUUUCCCUCACGGGGUCCUGCGAGCUCCGGCUCCCACCUUGUCUUUGUCCCGUCUCUGAGGGAUGUCCAUCAUGAGCCAGUAUACCCACAGCCGCCUUUCACCUUCUCCGAGCUGUCUCGAGAGGACAAAAAGCGAGUGCAGUUUGUGUCAGAGCCCUGCAGCCUCUCCAUAAAUGGAGUGAUGUUUGGUUUGACAUCCACGGACCUGCUGUUCCACAUCGGGGCUGAGGAGAUCUUUAGCUCUUCCGGGACGUCAGACAGAUUCAGCCGAGUCCUUAAGCAUAUCCUGACGCAGAGAAGUUACUACCCACUUUAUCCACCCCACGAGGACAUGGCCAUAGACUACGAGAACUUCUAUACCUAUGCCCAGCUGCCGGUCACCCCCGAUGUCUUCAUAGUGCCGUCCGAGCUGAGAUACUUUGUGAAGGGGCAGCAUUUUGAAGCAGGGUCUCUACAGCCCAGAAUGUUCUGGAACCCUUGACUUGUCCUGCCUCAGCCUCUUGAGUGCUAAGAUUGCAGUGUGCGACACCCAUCUCAACUCCUAGAUAGCCCCUCCAUGUGGGAAAACAAAGUGUUGGGGUCAGCUUUGUCGCCCAGUAUGGGAGCUCCCUCCCUGAGAGCCACGGCAUUCUUCAUUCUGCCCCGGAGACUCUCCACUCACAAGUGAACUUGUCUGCCCGAGUGGUUGCCUUUGUUUCUAUUUUCUAGAACUCGCUGUAAGAGUCUGACUAUGGGGGGCUGGUGAGAUGGCUCAGUGGGUAAGAGCACCCGACUGCUCUUCCGAAGGUCCAGAGUUCAAAUCCCAGCAACCACAUGGUGGCUCACAACCAUCCGUACACACAGUGUACUUACAUAUAAUAAUAAAUAAAUCUUUAAAAAAAAAAAAAAAAAAAAAAAAAAAAG